GGUAGAUGGCAGUGUUUGAAAUCACAACUGCUUUCCCCACACGAUGCCCAGCGAAGAAGAAUUUCUUGAGCAUGCACUUUUAGGAUGAAUUGUUUGAGGAUUGCAAUUAUGUGUUGUAUACGUACAUAAUCUAUUAAUUUUCACAAGUAUAUAUGAGGGAAGCUUUACCUUUUUAUUCUACCUGACUGUGGGACAUUCGCUGACGAAUAUUUAGGCACCUACAAUGGAUGCCGCCUUACACUUCUGUCGACACAAACUGCUACCUAAAAUCGGUGCAACUGCUACCUCAUUCAGAUGCCUGUCAAGCUGUGCACACCCACGGCGCGCUGCCAAUGGAGUUGCUCCUCCACCCACCCCACUGCCCCUGGUGUCACGUCUCUUCCAGCCAUCCAACCUACGAGAGGGCCAAGAGAGCACCGAACUGACGUGUCGUAGUCAGAGACUGAUGCUGCAAACGGGCCUUCUCCAUCCCUCCAACCCCGGUUGUUUCUACUACUUGCCUGCCACUGUGCGCUCCAUGGAGAAGCUAGUGCGGCUCAUAGACCAAGAGAUGCAGGCCAUCGGUGGCCAGAAGCUGGAUAUGCCUGCGCUGUGUGCAGCCGAUCUGUGGCGUAGAAGUGGGCGCUGGGACCUUAUGGGGAAGGAGCUGCUCCGUCUGAAGGAUAGGCAUGGGAUAGACUACUGCCUUGGCCCCACUCAUGAAGAAGCGGUGACCGAGCUCCUGGCCUCUCAAGCCAACCUUUCCUACCGUCAGCUACCUCUGCUCCUGUAUCAGGUGACAAGGAAGUUCCGAGACGAGCAGAAGCCAAAGUUCGGGCUGCUGCGGGGCCGGGAGUUCUACAUGAAGGACAUGUACUCGUUCGACGUGAGCGAGGAGGCAGCACAUCACACUUACCAGUCGGUGUGCCAGGCCUAUGGGCGCCUCUUCGACCGGUUGGGCCUGCGCUGGGUGCAGGUGCGGGCGGACACGGGCAACAUCGGUGGCACCCUCUCCCACGAGUUCCAGCUUCCCGCGGACGUGGGCGAGGACCGGCUGCUGACCUGCGGCGCCUGCUCUUUCUCCGCCAACGUGGAGCUGGUGGAGGAGGGGCGGACGGACUGCCCGCAAUGCAAGUCAGCGGGCACGCUAGUGGAGUCCAAGGGCAUCGAGGUGGGGCACACCUUCUACCUUGGCACCAAGUACUCGCGGGUGUUCCAGGCCACGUUCAACACAGCCCAGAACAAGGCGGCGCUGGCCGAGAUGGGCUGCUUCGGCCUGGGCGUCACGCGGAUCCUGGCGGCCUCCAUCGAGGUGCUCUCCGGGGACGAGGGCAUUCGCUGGCCGGGGCUGGUGGCGCCCUACCAGGUGUGUGUGCUGCCGCCAAAGAGGAGCGGAAAGACCACUGAGCUCAUCAACCUGGCAGAAGGGCUGGCUCACCAGCUGGCCAGUCUACCUGGCCUGAGGGGGGAGGUGGUGCUGGACGAUCGUACCCAGAUGACCAUCGGGAAGAGGCUGAAGGAUGCCAGUCAGCUGGGGUACCCGUAUGUGGUGGUGGUGGGGCAGGGGGCGGCAGCAGCAGCGGAGCAGCAGCAGUUUGAGGUGAUUUGCCAGCGGGCUGGGGAGACGCUCUUCCUCACCAGAGAUGCUCUCACGGACCUCCUUAGCCAAGUGGAGACGGUGUGAUUUCAGCACUGGCCAGCAGAGGGAGUUGGGAGCUGGAAUGCAACUCUAGUGAGUAGAGAGGGCAACAGCAUGAACCAGAGCCAUGGAAAAAAGAGUUUAGCAGAUCCCAUUGACCUUAAUGUUUUUUACACAGCAAUGGCUCAUAACGCUUAGAUCGCCAUUGCGCCGUUGAUGCAUAGAUCGCCAUUGACAUAGUUCCAGUAGUUCUAGGAAGUGGGCUUAGAACACAGAAAGAGCAGUGAAGGUAAAUGUAAUUCAUUUCUACUUCAUCUUUGCUUGCUAUGAAGUGGUACUGUGUCCACCUCUAGCAAACAGAAAACCACUGCCUAGAAUUAUUUGAAUCAUGUCAGACCGACUGCCUUGUUGUCACAACUCUGAAUUCCAUGGCACUGGAACGAACUUGCAGCAGCACUGGCCAAAGGGGAGCUAUGAAAGUACAGCUACUGUUAUUGAUUUAAUCAGUUGGGGGUGAUCGUUCCUUGCUUAAAUGGGACUGGAUGAGGUUGGUCCAGAUGGAUGUAGACCAAGAGGAUGGAUUCAGAUAAUGGAACGAUCAGUAAAGAAGGUGGCAAGUGGACACUCAUGACUUGAGGAAUAGCACAUGGAACAAAGGAAUGUUUGGGUACAAGAUGUUAUUUAAUGAUGUGUAUGUUUGUUUUGAUUGUUUUUACAUUGUGAUGGCUGCGAAAAUAAACAUUAUGAUAUGUAA